AUGGCGUGUCGAAACCUCCUGACCAACUUGAGCCGACUCUCCUUGAGAAGUGGGGCUCAGCCCGGCGUCUCGUCGGUUGCUCCGUCCUUCCGGAGCUUCGGAACGUCGUCGGCCGCCCUGGACAGCAUCAGAGACAAUCAUCGGCAAGGCACUCGGGUUGUUGGACCUGCUGCUGUUGGUUUUUUUGAAAGAAUAUGCUUGAAAAAUAUAUAUCAAGACUUUUUUUAUGAUUUAAAAAUUUUUACAGUAAAUCUUUUUAAUUUUUUUAAACUUUUUCGAAAAGGGACCCUGGAAAGUCUUUUUUUUCUCAAACAAUUUUUUUCGAUGGGAAAAUGUUCUUUUUUGAAACUUGUAAGCUUUCGCUCGAAUAAUUUGUUCUCUGAUACAUCAAAGAAAAAUAAUAUUUCAGAAGCCAACCGGCUUUUUCUUUCCUAGACACGAAAAUCUGCUUCUUUGAUAAUUUAAACAAAAAUUCCACUGCAUUUAUUCGAAGAAAGAAAAAAAGUUUCUUUUCCAGGAAGUGAUGGAAGGAACGACCGGCGCCGGAGUCCAAGUUCCAGUGAACAUGAACUCUUUGGAGUCCCGGCUCCCCACUUCGGAAACCUUGAAACAGGAAUUCGACGGAGUUCCGUUUUGUGAACUUCCCAUCGUCUACAUCAAAGCCACCAAGAACAACACGCUGGUUCAAGUCAUGGACUAUAAGGUCAUCAAAAAGAAAGAAGAAAUUGUGAACCCUAAAGCUUCAGAAUGAAGAUGUGAUAACGUAUACAUCUUGUCGACUGGAAGGCUUCAAAAAUGCCCGGAAAAAGACGACGAUUGCGGGUCAAACGACGGGUGUCGCGGCGGGACAGCGGCUGGUCCGAAGAGGCGUCACCACCGUCAGAGUGCAGGUCUGUUUCAGUUCCAUUUUAAGUUCGAGAGGGUUAAAGUUCUCAGGAAUUUCAGAGUGGUCCCUAUAAGGGCUGAAAAGAAAAACAGCUCUUAUAAGGCUCGAAAAAGUGGUACCAAUAAGCGUAAAAUUUAGGUGGUCCUUAUAGGUGUUAGGGGAAGUGAGAGCCUAUCAGGGCGUUGCUCCUUUAAGGACCACUCUGAAGUAUUUAAGUCUGGUCAAUUUUCCUCUUUUUUCGAAUUUAUCAACAAAAACAAGAAAAACAGAGAAAAUUUUCUGUUGAUUCAAAAAGAAAGCGAAAAAGCCGAGAUUGGAAAGUUUUCCAGUAACUUUUCUACCAUCUUAAAAACGAAUAAAUGCAUGAUUAGAGUGGAAUUAUAAUAUAACGUGCAUCCAUCACUUUGAACAGGGUAUAAAGUUCGCUCAAGUAACUUUCAGCCGCAUCUUUUAGAUUAUUGAGUUGAAUUUGAAGAGAACUCCACACGAAAAUAAUCUCGUUUUCAGAGACUUCUCGUUUCUAUGAAUCUUGACUCCAAACUGAUCAGUUUUUUUUUCCAGGUGAAAGGCCUCGGCCCAGGCCGAAUGACCUGCGUGAAAGGUUUGACGGUGGCCGGCGUCAAAGUCGUCAGUAUCACCGACCAUACGCCCCUCGCAGAACUUGGGCCCAGACCCAAGAAAAUCCGAAGAAUUUGA